AUGAUGCUUACACGAGAUAAACUUGCACAGCACAACAAGCACUUUGCAGAUCAUGGCCAAUACGCACUCGACCGCAUCCAUGCCUUUGUACAAGAGCAAUGCCUUUUACAUGAUCCCAAUGAACCAGCUGUACCCCAUAAUCCUGGCCCUUUGACUCGCAUCCAUUUGGCUAAACAACGACCCAAAAAGUGUCGAUCAGAAGGAGACAAAGUAACGAUUGAAAGUGGAGAUGAGGAAUGCAUUCAACGUUAUCCAGCACCUACAGCCGCCUGCCAUAUGCUAGAGAUGCGUACGCGACGUAGAGGAUUGUUCAACUAUGGCAAGUCAUCGGCCAAAGCAAAGACAAGAAGGAAACCAGGUGUACAAGAUCUGGUGUUCUCGGAAACCGCCUUCCUUGGUCAUCGACAGCCGCAUCCAUCCAAAUCAGUAUCCAAACGAUUGAACAAGAAGCCGGCAUCAUCCUACAUGUCAUUCGAAGCCUCUUCUAGCAAGUUGUAUUACAUGAAUAGCAGCCAUGGAAAGGUUGAGCAUGAAGGCAACAACACCAAUAGCAUCCGAUCAAUGCAUAAGGAGAUCCAUGGCAAUCAACAGCAUGAACAACCUUCCUAUUCAUUUGGAAAAACACCCGUGCACUACUACCACGUUGAAGGUGGUGAUGAUGAUGAUGAUGAAUUGCACGGCAACUAUGAUGGUGGAAUGAUGGAAUCACAUCCAUAUCAGCUAUAUGCAGCAGCAGCGGCAGCAGCACCAAUGGUGCCUGAUCGUGAUGCCCAAGAGCAGCAAAAUUAUGAGGAGUACAUGCAAUACUACUACUAUGUGGAUCAGCAUCCCAACUAUUAUGAUGCAUACGAGCAUCAAGCAUUGCCUGAGCCAUAUGAUCCUGCUGAUUUACAAUAUGCGUAUUAUGACAAUGAUGCACAAGAUGGCUAUUACUAUCCCACCUACUAUUAUUCAGAGACCCAUCCAUAUCAGCAGCAGAGCUAUGAUCACGCUUACUAUGGUGAUGGUGAACAAGGCAAUUAUGCACAAGCGCAACAACAACAACAACAACAACAACAACCAGCCGUCGAAGAACGAUGGAUGCCACAUGCUUAUACAUUGGUGACCCUUAACGAUAUCCCUUUGGUGCCACAACAACAACAGCAACCCCACCCUGGCUUACGCCCUGUACGAUUGCCAACACCACUACUACCACCAACACCAAAGCCAACACCUCAAGGUCAUGAAAAAUCACCAAUUGAUGAUGUACAAACGUUAUCCACAGGGAUGUCUUUGUCUGACAAGCAAGAUCCAGUGGAUAAGACAAUCGCUUUCCUCCAAGCAUCCACAAAGAAGGCAUUACAACCUGACUUUAGUUCCCUCUGGAAGCAACGUCCAUUGCAUCGCUAG